ACAAAAAUUAAGAGGCGAUAGUAUCCUAUAUCGAGAUGGCAGCAUCUGUUAGCUGCUUCUACCACCCACAGCACUUGGUUAGAGAACACCGUUACGGCGCCAAGUCGGCCGGCGUCGCCUGCACCGCGUGCGAACGCAGAAUCACCGGCGACGGCUACCGCUGCCGCAAGUGCGACUUCAACAUCCACCACGCCUGCCUCGCCCUCCCGGUGUCCGCCUCCGUCGACGAGCACCGCGAGCACGCGCUCACGCUCUCCAGCCUUGCGGCCAGCGGGACGUGCAACACCUGCAAGGUGACCUCCCAGGCCGGGUGCUACCUGUACCGCUGCGCGCCGUGCGGCUUCAACGUGCACCCGCGGUGCAUGCCGCCGCCGUCGCAGCAGCAGCAGCAGGAGGAGGCUGGCACGGCCUGGGAACAGACCGUGCAAGUCGGCAAGGGUAUUCUCCAGUUCGGAUUCUUUGUCCUGCGGGCGACGGAUGAUAUGACCACCGGCGGGCUCGCGUCGCCGGUGAUAGACGUAAUGGAAGGCUUGUUUGGUCUUUAUGAUAGCACACGCACCGUGCGCCGGCGGAACGGCCAAUCUGCCGCCUAGGCCUAGCUGCCUGCGCUCCUCGCGGCUCGAUCGGGCCGGCCUCCAGUGUCAAAGUUCCUUGUAUCGGCUACUUUGCUAUCAAAACUUUCUAAUUUACGUUAAAGUACUGUAAUCGUACUCUCUGUUGUUUGUUGCUUGCGAUUCGUAUGAAAUGUAAACGGAAUGUUUUGUUGAAAUAAGCAAUGUUACGUUGAAGUAUUUACAAUGUAAGUUUUGUAACCUCUUACAUAGCUUGGCAUGAACUCAAUAAAUUGCGUUCUACUCCUAUAACAUAUAAGCUGAUCUAAGCAUUGUAACUUGUGAUAUACUCCUACAUUAGGACUUAUAUUAAUUUUGCUAUU